UCCCAAUUGAUCACUCUGAUCUGAUGUGGCCGAGACUGCAGGACCUGAUGGCAGCACUUGCCGACAAGAUAACGGCCCAGGGGGAUAAAGUCUGGCAGCUGAAAACAGACAAGGCACCAAAGGAAACGGAAGACACUGAAAUUAAAACUCUCCUCGGCCUCAAAGCUGACUACAAAGCCCUGACUGGCAGUGACUACAAGCCCCCAGGGGGUUGUCAAAAGGCAGACAAGAGGGCCGACAAGCAGAAGGGGAUGGUGGCAGAGCCCAAGAAAGCCAAGGAAGAGAUCAAGGAGGUAGCAGCAGCAGGGGUGGGCAAGAAUCAGCCGAGGCUGGGCCUGGAGGUCAAGAAAGACGAGAAUCUGAGUGAGUGGUACUCACAGGUCAUCACCAAGUCAGAGAUGAUUGAGUAUUAUGACGUCAGUGGCUGCUAUGUCUUGCGUCCAUGGUCCUACGCCAUCUAGGAAGCCAUCAAAGAGUACUUUGGCGGCUGCAUCAAAAAACUGGGGGUGGAGAACUGCUACUUCCCCAUGUUUGAAUCAUAUGCGGCACUGCACCGUGGGAAGGACCACACAGCUGAAUUCUCCUGUGAGGUUGCCUGGGUGACCAAGUCGGGCAGCUCUGAAAUGGCCGAACCAAUUGCCAUCCCCCCUACCAGCGAGACAUUGAUGUACCCUGCAUUCGCCAAAUGGGUCCUGUCCCCCAGGGAUCUCCCCAUCAAACUCAACCAGUGGUGCAACAUUGUGAGGUGGGAGUCUAAUGCACUACCCGUCCUCAGGACUCGCGAGUUCCUUUGGCAAGAGGGCCACACAGCCUGGUCCAACCGUGCCAACGCCGAGGAGGAAGUCUUCACAAUCCUGGGCCACUACGCCAAGGUCUAUGAGGAGCUUCUGGCCAUCCCUGUGGUGCAGGGAAAGAAAACUGAGAAGGAGAGGUUUGUGGGUGGGGACUUUUUUUCUGAAAUUAAUCCUUUUCUUUUGGACGUUUUUCAGGGUGCUACAGCUCAUCACUUGGGCCAGAAUUACUCCAAGAUAUUAGAAAUCAAGUUUGAAGACCCUAACAACGAGGGCACUCAUGAGUUUGCUUACCAGAACUUAUGUGGCAUCACCACUCGGACCAUCGGGGUCCUGUGCCUUGUCCAUGGGGACAACAAAGGGUUGGUGCUACCUCCCAGGGUGGCCUGCGUACAAAUUAUCAUUGUGCCGUGUGGAAUCACCAAGACAACCACCAAUCAGAUGAAAGAGACGCUGCUCAGCAAGUGCGACGAAUACGUUGACAAGUUCAAAGUGGUGGGGAUCAAAGUGCGCAAAGACUACCGAGACAACUACAGUCCUGGGUGGAAGUUCAACCACUGGGAGCUCAAGGGUGUGCCGGUACGUGUGGAGCUAGGCCCCUGCGACGUGGACAGAGGAGAGAUUGUCAUGGUUUGCCGUGAUACGGGGGAGAAAGUUACCUACAAAGAGAGCAAGGCAGUUAGCAAAGCCAAGGAGAUGUUGGAAGAUAUUCAUCACCGGCUCUAUGAUAAGGCAAGCAAGGGCUUGAAGAACCACCUGAAGGGGACCGAGUUUGGAAUGAAUUCUGCUCAUAUCUGGACCUGAAAAAUCUAAUCCAAGCCCCAUUUUGUGGUGAGGGCAGCUGGGAAGACAGGAUUAAGAAAGACAGUGCAGGGGAUCAAGAUGUAGAGGUGGGGGCACCUUCCAUGGGGGCCAAGAGCCUUUGCAUCCCCUUCAAGCCACAGACGU